UUGGUUCGCGGUGGCCGCGGCAGGCCAGGCUCCCUCCUCGCGCUCAGGCGGGUUAUUGUCUGUCGACUUUCUGAGGCGGCUCUAGCUCGGAAUCGGGACCGGUCCUCACAGGGCAGCGACGGAACCAUGGUGAGCGGGGAGAAAGACUAAGGACGCGGGGCAGGGGCAAGCGAACCUCGCGGAGAAAUAGCUCCGGACCCGCAGGCAGGAAGACCUCGCGGGGUCCCGACUUAUUUCCAGCGCCGGCGCCAAGGGAAGGGUGUCGGGGGCGGGGAAGGACCCGAGCAAGUUGCGCUCCCGGCUCCGCCUGAGGCUCCGCCAACCUCCGCGUGUCAUGGGGCAGGGACGCGUGAGCUGGAACCCCCGUUGGCAAGGGCUGGUGGGGAAGCGAGGGAUGACGCUGCCGCCUGCCUUCAUUUUACGAGGCGCCUUGGAAGCCCCGCCUCCGUCGGGGCCUCUUCCCGCUUCGGAGUGUACCUCGUUUUCUGGGGGUGGUGUUUGUUUUUUUUAAAGGAAGGUGUGAACGCGCGUGAUGCGAGUCUCAGGCGGAUACUCUUGGUGGCGGCGGGAUCCGAGAGCCGCGCGCAGCAACUUCCAGAGUCGGGGAUGUGCGCGCUUGGUGGCAGCCCGGGGUCUGCCUUGUGUCACGUGUGAAUCCUGGCUCUGGGAGGAAUCUUGUGGAGCAUGUGCCAUCUUCACAAACGGGGCGGCUUCUCCCGACCCAGACGCGCCCGAGGGCCCUGGCCGUGGGUCACACUGACAGGCCGAAGGGCCUCGUCGCUUCUCCAGGCAGUUGGAGGUGAUAGGGGGCAGCUGCCAAGCGGUGCCAGCAGGCCGGCUCGUCACCACCUCCUCGCCUCUCUAAGGCGCAUCUGGGAAGAGAUUUCCUAGCAACGUAAUGCUGUAUAAACGUCAGGCGCUCCGGAUUUAUUUCCUGACGCGGGCUUCAGCUUGAGUCUGACGGGUCCCGCCAGAAGCGGCCCUCGAUGUGACAGCCUGGCGCACUGGAGCCCCUGCCUGCCGCUUCGGGAAGUGGCCUUUCUGCUCCUCCCCCCUCGCCAAGUCAACGGGGUUGUAGGCGAAUGACGUCUGAAGAUGUGCUGCCUUCCAGUGCAGCGUGAGCCUAUGCGUGUUUACUUAAAAGCAAAUCCUACUGAUUGCAGGGGACAUAACGCCCAUCUUAACCAUGUUUAGGGCUGUUUAAUUGGCGCCAAGUCCAGUUGGUCUCAGUGGGACUUCAUUUUUAUAAAGGCUGCAAAUGGGCAGUUGACACUUCCCGCAGGCUAAAGAUUAAUUUUAAGUUUCACUGCUGAUGUGGUUGCAGUGCUACUUUAAGGUUUUAGUUUUCUAAGCAGGAAUUUUAAAAAGUAUUUUACUUAAUGGUGAGAUACCUUCCAGUGAGCAGGUUAAUAGGCAAGGAGUUAUCACUUCUUGCUUGGGCUGCAAGUGACUUGAUCUGUUCUCUUUGUAUUCAAAGUUAAUGUAAACUGUUAAAGGAUACAAGAUAAUUUAUAUAUUCUUGUAGUUGAAUGCCCAGUAGAAAAACAUUUUAAUCACGGUUAUUUGCAUAAUAAACCUAAGGUAGAGAAUGUCCCAGUAAGAUGGCACUGAAGUUUGCCUGUCUGGUUUAAAAGCUAUGCAUGUAGAGCUUAAAAGUUUUUCUGGCAGAUCUGGCAAUUAUUAUUCAUUCUGCUCAGUUCUUCUAUAUCAGUUGGAAAUAACUUAAUAUAUUUCAAUCUUGCUUUACAAGUCUGCAGUAAUCAAGUUUGAUAUAGCAUUCUAAAUUCCAAAGAAAUUGCUUGCAGUUUGUUAACUUACUGUCUGCAUGCAGUUAGCAUUGUGUCCUUAGAGGAAUCUCAGGUAAGAUUCUAACUGUUGACUGUUUUUGUCCCAUAAUAUAAAUAUAAUCUUAAGCAUAGCUCAUAGGGAGCAUUGAACUUGGGGCAGUUUGGACUAAACAGGCUUAGUACUGACAGUCUGAUCUAAGAUCUUAUCUUUCUACUUCAUCAUAAGCUUACCAUAGAAUACAGGGCUCAUCUUUUUUGGUGCAGCUGAUGUGACUGGGUAAAUGGUUAAUUCAACUGCUGAAUAUAAUGUGACAGGACUGAUAAUUGGCAAAAUUACCAAUUUUGGUUUUAUAACUCAUUGAGCCUGACUUAUUACAUAAUUGGCUUUCAUUUUUCUUUAAAAAGCUAUAAACUAAUAGUAAAGUCAGUCUUUCAGCAAGCUGUAAGAUAUAUUUAAAACAUUUUGUACUCUGCCUUUUGAUUAAACAUGUUUAAUACAGCUUAAAAAUAAAUUAAACAGUUCAAUACAGACACUAUAAAAAUAGUAAAACAUUGAGAAGUGAAACCAACACCAGGAUUUUAAAAACUAGCAACUUAAUAAGGUUUAAUCUGGUGAUAAUUUAGUUCCAGGUAAGCCUGUUAAGAUAUCCCUUAACUUACACAUCCCCUAACACAUAGCUUUGCUUGUACAAGAUGCAUUUUGACUCAACAGAAAAUUCAAAUUUAGUUUUGAGAAGUCUUGGGAAAUAUGCAUAUAAAAUAUACAGCUUAUUUUUUAAAAAAAAAUGUAUGGAGACAAGGGAGCAGCAAGACAUUAACUGCAGUUAAAAUGCCCAAACAGUUGGCAAGGUUCUCAAUAUGUGCAGGUGUUUACAUGCAACACCUACCCAUAUCUGAGGGUUGCACACAAGCGAUCGUCAGGAAUGAGGAGCCUGCGUCUGUCGGCUCCCAUCAGUCUCAGUCAAUAUGACUAAUGAUCAGGGAGAUGGGAAUUGGAGCCCAACAACAUCUGGAGGGCAACAAGUUCUUAAUCCCCUGGUUUAUGCAAUAUGUGAGCAUCUCAGUGCUGUGUCAACAGCUUUUGAAUAGCUAUUUGCCUCAGGUUGUGAAUAUGCCCCAUUGAAACAAGUGGUUGUUUUGGUGUAGGGUUGUUCGACCUGACACGGAGGUAAUCUGAAAUGAUUAUUGAAUGAAAUAGUCUUAAAUCACAUGUUCAUAAGUUUCAGUAGCAUUUAAGUGAACACAGUCUAGUUACGGCCAUGUAGUUAAAAGGUACUGUAUUUACAUGAAUCUAAUGUGCCAUCAAAUCAAUUUUCAAAACAUUGAAACCAGAAAAGUAUUUGCUGGUGAAUGUAAAUGUGCCAUCAAAUCUUACGCACGCCCUAAAUUUUGGAACUUAUUUUAGUAAAAAAGUGUGCAUAAAUACAAUAAAAUAUCUCUGGUAUUAUCAUUUGGCAUCUGUACCACUUUUCCUUCUUCAAUAAAGUAGAUAAAAAUAAUUUCCUUUGCUAAAAAUAUAUAUGUGUGUUCAGUUAGAUUAUCUAGCUUGAUUGGAGUCUCUUAAUUGGCUUAUCAGUACGUAACUUGAGUGCUAGGGUCCCAAAACCAAGUCCACAUCCAUCAUUACUCCUGCUGUGGUACCAGCACAGAUGUGCUGCCAAAGGUGGAGAAAAUAUAUGGUUCUCAUCCAUUUCUUCCUUACAGAGCUUGUGAUAGCCCUGUAAAGCCUGUUGGUGGUCAGUGACACCCUUCAUUAGCUAAUAUUGGGGGGAAACCCUAUUUACAGUGCAGCAGCUAAAGCAUAUUUGUAGGAUCAGGUUGACUGUUAUACCUUGUGGUUUUGAAGUACAUCACUGGCAGUGUAUUUGACAUAGAUUCUGAUUCAUUGUAUGUAAAGCUUCACUUGGUCCUGUCACAGCUUUUCUCCUUUGAUUACUAUCUGGAUAAAUGGGUCUGGCAUGAACAUUAUUAAGUUAACUCUUGUGUAGGCCAUAUGUUCUCUUGUUGGCACUAGAGUUUUACAUUAUAAAAUGCCCAGAUUAUUAACAUUCCUUAAAAUAUAGGGUCAAAACCAAGUAGUCUAAAUUAUUCACUUUCCUUACCUUAUUUAAUUCAAUGUAUAAGUUGCCAAAUAUUUUCUAGGUGACUGAAGUUCAUGAAUGCAACUCUACACCCUCUUGGCACUUGUGUGGUCCUCAGAAACGUAAUAAAAACCUGGAUAUUUUAUAGUGUAAUCCUAUGUACAGUGGUACUUCAGGUUACAGACCCGCUAACCCAGAAAUAUUACCUCAGGUUAAGAACUUUGCUUCAGGAUGAGAACAGAAAUCGUGUGGCAGCAGCUGGCAGCCCCAUUAGCUAAAGUGGUGCUUCAGGUUAAGAACAGUUUCAGGUUAAGAACGGACCUCCGGAACGAAUUAAGUACUUAACCCGAAGUACCACUGUAUUUUUAUUCAGAAGUAAGUCUUUAAGUGUUCAGUAGACCUUUUACCUGGGCAAGUGCUUAGGAAUGUAGCUAUUGGUUCAGCUAUUGGGAGACUGCUGCCUCAGGAGAGUGAGGAAAAUUCUUAGGGAUACCCUGGCCAGCACUUCUUUAAUCUCCUACCUUCAGGCAGGAGAUACAGAAGUAUAGUCAGCCGCACCAACAGGUUAAAGAACAGUUUUUAUCCGUGGGCUGUUGAAUGGAAAAAAAUAGUGGUGUAAUUGACUUCUGACAAGCACACAGAGCGCAAACAAGAUUGAGUGUAUGUGGGGGGGGGGGCUCGUUUAAUUUCAGUGCACACAGGUGGUGUAGGGACAAUAAAGGUUUAUUAUUAUUAUUAUUAUUAUUAUUAUUAUUAUUAUUAUUAUAGCUUGUGAAAAGAGUUUCUAGCUUUCAAGAUUCCCAGAAGCUCUUUGUGCAAACUUAUUUUGAUUUGAGUAUUAUAGCACACAACUAAAGUCAGCUUGUUUGUGAGCAAUAUUUUUAAUCCUGAAAAGUGUGUAUAAUCUAAAACAUUUAGUUUCAGGAUUUGAAACAUCCUAGAAAAUAUGUGAAAAAAUACACAAAUCAGUGUAAUUUGCAUUAAAAAAAUUCCGAUGUCCCAAAGAGACAUCUAAUUGAGCAUGUUUAUUUCACUUGCAUUUGGUGAACAAAAUAAAAAACUUUGAAACUGCCAGACUUACCUAAUAGAAUUUGUAGUUGUCAACUACAUUUUGUUACUAUUCUAAUGAAUUUAUAAAACAUAACACUUUCUAGAAAAUUUUCCGUCCCACACCUCUGAGAUGUAUUAAAAUGAAAAACUCCAUAUCGGCCUGUUCACACCUGUGUUUGCAAACCACUUAACAGCUUUACAUGGUCCUUCUUAUGCAUGAGACGAUUUGAAUGUGCUUCUCUGUGAACUAGGCUUCAUGUAGAUACAGCCAAUAGCUGUCAUUCUAAUUACAGUAGCAAUUCUGGGACUACCUUAAUAAUGCUGGCCACUGCAAGUUGUAUCCAUUCAUCAUCUGUUCACAUGAACAGAUCUUCAUAUGAUCUUGCAUGUAGAAAAUAGCUGCUGGUUCAUUUUUAUUAAUAUCAGGCAUGUAUGACAUUUAAAAUUUGUAAAUCACCUCUUACCAUUUGGUAAAGGAUGGUAUAAAAAUCCCCCCCCCCAAAUAAAUUAAAUAAACUAGGAUUGUAGCCCUAAUUAGAUUUAGUUAAAAAUGUACGGUAUUUAAAAGUAUGCUUAGAAUUGUGGCCCAAUAGCUUGUAUACUCUACAUAUUGGCAUAUUUAAAAGCAAUUUAGAGUCUUUUGGUUCUUUUAAAUUUCCUUCUUGCACUUGUUUUAACAGAGAAUGACCUGAAGAACAAAAUUGCAUUCUAAAUAUUCCAUCAAGACUGCAUUUUUUUGAAUUUAUAGAAGACCUAUAAUUACAUUUUUUACCUCAACAACCAUGUAUUAUCAACAGUGGUGAUAAGAUAGGAUUUUAAAAGCUCUUCUCCUUUCAGCUGACAUGUUCAGCAGUAGAUCUAGUUCAUGUUUUUAUUUCUUAUUUAGGCUGGAGGCAAGGCUGGCAAGGACAGUGGAAAGGCUAAGGCAAAGGCAGUGUCUCGCUCACAAAGAGCUGGACUUCAGGUAAGUUCAUUUAUUGUAAUAACUAUUGCAAAUGCCCAAAGAUCUACCAAAGCUAAUAUGAGGUUUUUCUAUGGAAAAGGGGGCCAAUAUAUUCCGGCAGCCUCCCAGGUCUUUGCUGCAAAAAUAUUAACACAGCUGACAUAUGGCUCUCAGAUCUGCAGCUUCUUAAACCUUGCUCCCUUAGAAUCAUUCCAAACUAAGUUCUAUCGCUAUCCCUUCUUGUGUGUCUAACAUAGCUGUCCGCCUGAAGGUCCGGCAAAUCCCUGUUAGCGCUCGGAUAUGGAUUCUGAAGAUCCAUUAUUGGUUAAAACUUAUCUUUUUCCCUGUUGGGUUGGCACCCUUAACCCUGCUGGAUUUCUACCAAUCCAAAUGGAAAGCUACACUGCAUGAAAAGCUAAGAGGCUUGGGGUUUUCCCCACAGGCCCUGAUAGCUGUAGGUUAUGAGAAAGCUAGAGCAAUAAUCUGCCAACGAAUUUGGGAUGUGGAACUGCAAUGCCACGUGAGCAAGAUGAAUAAACACCCAGUAAUAAAAGAUAAUGGAAGAGGAUUUCCCCCAGCAAAUUAUUUGUCAAAAUUACAAAUACCUAAAUACAGACGGUCAUUUACCCUCACUAGAUUCAACAUGCUGCCAUCUGCCUUAUUGCAGGGCAGAUUCAAGGGUAAACCAUAUGCUGGACGAGUCUGCCCCUGCGGCUUGAUGGAGGUGGAAACUGUCUCUCAUGCCUUGUUACGCUGCCAUUUUUAUGGGGAUAUACGCUCAGUAUUUAUUACCCCUGCUAUGCAAAAAUCUCCAAAUGAAUCUGAACUUCAGUGUCUAAAAUCCCUGGUAGAGGACAAGGAUCCUGAGAUCAUGUUAAAGGUAGCCAAAUUCUGUGUGAUUGCCAUAAAACUUAGGGAACAAGCUAUGCUAUCAUAAUGAUUAAGGCCUUAAAUGAUAAUUUUAGGUUAUAUGUUAGUGACUAAGUUUUAAUUUAUAUAUAUUUUUAACUGUAUUGUCCCUGUUAUACCUAAUUGCAAAUUCAAAUGUAUUCCUAUCAUGUUUUAUGACUUCCUUGAUAUUGUAUGUGGGCUGGAACUGGUUUGUGACUGAAAUAAUAAAUUGGUCAUUCGAAAUAACUAUGAUGUAUACUGUACUAGCAAUCUUCAACUAGUCCAGACCCAAGACCCACCUUAGACUCCCCACCAGGAACAUGGGACCCACUUUCACAAUUUUGUGUUUUAAUAUUAUAAACUGCCUUGUGAUCCUUGGAUGAAAGGCAGUAUUAUUAUUAUUGUUGUUGUUAUUAUUAUUUGUUUCAUUCUCGAUACUUAAUAGUGCUAGCGUCUCACCACAUACCAUGCACCAAUCUGCUUCAUUUUCUUUCUGCUUAUGCCUUCUUCCACAUUUUCUUCUCAGAAUUUUUUAUACUUUCCUUUUCUCACCUUCUGUAUCAUUUCACCUCCCAUUUCUUCCCCCUCCAUCUCAUCUCACCUUACCUUGCUUUCUUCCACCUUGUAUCAUCUUUAAUUCAAUUCUGCAUGAUUCUUGCUCCCUCCUAAUAUCAACUUGCCUGAAAUAAAAAUGGAUAGGAUUUCUGGGAAAGCUUUACCAUACUUAGAACCUAAUAUAGGUGGCAGCUGUUAUCUGUUGCCCCUUGGUUGUAUGAUAAAGUUUGAGGAACCUCCCUAGAUUCUCCCACACUGAAGAAACAUACAGUUUUAGUUGUAAAGGAAAACAAAAAGGGUUCCUGAGAGUUAGCAAAAGUUUUGUCAUUUUAUAAGUCUUUUAAAAAUUCAAUUAAAUAAAACUAAUUUUCAUUCCAAAUCAACCCUGAAAUAUUAAAGUUGUAGUCCUGUGCAUGCUAUUUGAGGGUAAGUUCCUUUAAAUUAAGUGGGCUUUACUUCUCAGUACACAUGCAUAUGAUUUGUACAUUACUUUAAUUAAAAUUAACUUAGCUCCCCAGGGAAGGAGGAACCGAGUCUCCCCUCCCGUUACUGCAUUUUUUUCUGUCACCUUUCACGAUUGCCUUUCUUUCCCUCUCUCACAACCACCUGUCUCUCUGCUCUCUCCUUGUGCACGUUUCCCUGAAAUCAGAAAUCAGGGUCGUAAGGCAGUUCCAUCUCUUAUAAGAGGAGGAAACACAAAUCAGACCAUCUGCACAUUAAGCAUUUUCUAGCAGGAGUUACAUGAUGCCCCCUUACAGUCCAUUGACUUUCAGCCUGGAACUUGACACUAGUUCUCUAGUUUCUGACCUAUUCAGAUUGUUAGGGGCAUGCUGUCUAAGCUUUAGCCUAAAAGACUGUCUCUGGUAUUUUUAACACCAGGUAGAUGUGUUGUAGAAUUGAACAUGCUUUGAGUAGCUAAAGAGAUACUGUGUUUUCCCCUAAUCCUUACUGCAAAGUGCUCUGACUACAACCUUUAGCUAUCUUUAAACUAUCUUUCCUAAGUCAAAUGAGCUCUUUACUUCCCCUUUGCCGAGAUCCAAAAACUGAUAAGGAUAGGUCUGGUACAUCUUGGAUAUCUAGAGCAUCCUGAAGUUUUGUAUUGACCACACCUGGGUUUUGGUGUGGUGUUUUGCAAUACUGUAUUAUUCAGAGAUAAAUCUUUUGACAAGCUCAGUUUUGGCAAAUGGUUCAUUGAAUGCAUUUAAGUAUAAGAGUAACAGAUACAAGAUAAUUAUCUUAGUAGCCUUCCAGGUAAUAUUCCUGCCAUGGACAUCUGUAGAGUAGAAACCAUUAGACACCUGAGUUUUGGCAGACACAGCCUUUAAUAAUAGCUAGUGAUACUGCCAUCCAUGAGAAUCUCUCAUCAGAGCUGCUAUUUCAGUUCAAAAUGUCUUAUUGCUCCUGACUAAUAUGUGGAAAUCUUGUUCACUUACCUAUAAAUCUUGUUAGGAGCAAGACCUAACCCACCAAUAUCUCAUUUGGAGGCCAUGGGAACCAAUUGAGUCUAGCUUUGUAAAAUGCUAAGUGAGCUCUUGGGGGCUGUCAUCUUUUUGGUCAUGUUUUGCCUGUUUGUUUAAAUCAUGUUUUCCCUUCUCCAGCUUGUUUGCCAUUUUGACUCUUUUUUGACUUGUUUGAGGUUUUCCAUGUGCUUCCUCUGGCUUUGGCAAAUAAGCACCCUUCCCUGUGAGGAAGUUACCAUUUUUUCCUGCCUCUUCGACCAGAAGAGGCAACUCUUCUGUCUUGUCUCUUUCUUCUGCCCCCAACUUCCCACUCCUGGCAAAAAUCUGUUUUUCUGUUGAGUCAUGUGUUUAUUUAAGGAGAAGUUAAGCUUCUUGUAUUAAGGAAAAUAAUAGUGUGUCUGAUUGGUCAGCUGCAGGGACUUCGUUGUCCUUAGCCUUUGCCAGUUAUUUGAAUGCUUGCCCAAUGAACAUUUUUAGAAUUUUAUUAAAUUAAGAAUAUAAUACCAUAUACACAGUGGAAGCUGUUACACUGCCUUAAGAAUAAGACACACAGCAUACUUUCUAGUGCUGAAAAUUUGUUUUUACAUUUAUGAAUGACCUCAUGGAGCUCAUUACUGGUUUGCAAGCAUUCUCAAGAAGCCUGGUGCCAGGCAGUUUGGCCUGUGAAACCUAGCUUGAACUGCAACGCAGACCACAUCACUCCCUCCCAUUUGCUGUUUAAGAUAAUGCAGUGCAAGAACUGUGUGUGACUUGGCAUUUGAUGACCAGUCUGUUAAAAAACAAAACUGCAACUCAAAUCCUGACUCUAGUUCGAUUAGAUGAGGUGCCUGUAUUAAAUGCACCCUCUCUCUCUCUCUCUGGAAAUAGUUCACUGAACCAGAUGUCAGAAUUAAUUACCUUUGGAAGAGCAGUGUUGGCUUUGACCAUGUAUGCUGAACAGGUCCUUCUGCUUUCAGUUCCCAGUGGGUCGUAUCCAUAGACACUUGAAGACUCGCACCACAAGCCAUGGACGAGUUGGUGCUACUGCUGCUGUGUACAGUGCUGCAAUUCUCGAAUACCUCACUGCUGAGGUAGGUUCUGAAAAUUGAUCUUGUUAGACUACAUGAUCUGAAUGUAAUCAAAGACCCAGAUAAUAGAUUGGUCUGUGGAGCCUGGCAGGAACCUCCAGAGUAGCAUAACCUAGCUGCUCCUGCUCUCUUUAAAAACCUGUGUUUUAGCUGCCCAGAUCAAAUAAUUCUGCAAGAACUUGAAUGGCUAACAUACUCUAUUGAUUAUGUUUUCUCUCUGGCUUAGUUUUUUGCGUGCUUGAGUUUGGGGUGAGUAUGUGUUUCUGCUAAAUCCAGAAAAAAAGAAUUGCUUUCUUGCCCUACACUUUUAAUUUAGUUGUUUACUUUCCAUCUAAUAUAUUCCUGAGAUGGGGUGGGGGGUGGGGAAUAUGACACACAUUAGAACACUGUGAGGAAUAGGUGUGUGUGUGAGAGAGAGUGAGAGUGAUAAAAAAAUGAACUUGUGUGUUUUUAGGUAAAGGCAGAAUCUGACCCAGAGCUUAUUUGCAGUUCUGAACACUUGAUACAUUUGUAUCCUGAAUAUGAAAGCAAAACAUUUUAUGGGAAAAGCUCACUACCUAUGGGGGAAAACAUGCAGCAAGGGGUGGGGAACCCUUUUCAGCUCAAGAGCAACCUUCUGUGCCAGUGGUGGGUGGGGGCCAGACAAAAGUGUGCUGUGCAAAUAAUGUUAAUUUUACAUGCUGAGACACCCUUCUUCAUUUAGACAAAAAAGAAGCAUUAUCAGAAUUCAAGGACAUAUUCCAGUCAGGCAAAAGCACUUGAGGUAUGACACCAUGCCUAUGAGGGGUGUGGCCCAGGAAGAAUUGCAAGGGCCAGAUCUCUAUCUGGAACUGAUGUCCCCCACCCCAACUUAAACUGACUUAUUUGUUUAGAAUACUGGUCCUACUUUAUAGCCCCCAAAGGCUCUUGAAGCGGGUACUGAAUUAUGUGGAGUCAUAAGCAUAGAAUUGUAGGGUUGGAAGGGACCAUGAGGGUCAUCUAGUCCAACCCCUUGCAGUGAAGGAAUCUUUUGCCCAAUGUGGCUCAAGAUUAUUCAGGCAGCACUGCUGCCCUCAUCCUGGACCUUCCCUGAUCAAGAAGAGAAAUAGUUCCCACCAAACUCAUAUGAGGCAAGGGAGUAGGGCUGAGCCUGCUGCAUCAUCUUCAAGGAAUAGUAGUAGAUGGUCAUUUUUAAAAAAAGAAAAAGAAAAGUUAGUUUUAGGUACCUGGGCUUUUGCCUUGAAUCUACUAAAUGUAUGAAAAAAAGUAGUCUGUUGCCGUUUGUAACUUAGUUUUGAGUAUUUUCAGUAUUUCACUGUUCAGUAUUUUCCUAGGAGGCUGGCAUACAAAGCUCUGUUUCUUCCAACAGGUUUUGGAAUUGGCAGGUAAUGCCUCCAAGGAUCUCAAGGUAAAACGUAUCACUCCUCGUCAUUUGCAGCUUGCUAUUCGUGGUGAUGAGGAAUUGGAUUCCCUUAUUAAAGCUACCAUUGCUGGUGGAGGUAUGUAGUAUUAGAGCUUCUGGAAAGCUUGGAUAUGAAAAGUAUAUUUGGAGACAGGGUGGCUGAACUUAGAAUCAUAGAGUUGGAAGAGACCACAAGGGCCAUUGAGUCCAACCCCCUGCCAAGCAGGAAACACCAUCAGAGCACUCCUGACAUAUGGUUGUCAAGCCUCUGCUUAAAGACCUCCAAAGAAGGAGACUCCACCACACUCCUUGGCAGCAAAUUCCACUGUCAAACAGCUCUUACUGUCAGGAAGUUCUUCCUAAUGUUUAGGUGAAAUCUUCUUUCUUGUAGUUUGGAUCCAUUGCUCCAUGUCCGCUUCUCUGGAGCAGCAGAAAACAACCUUUCUCCCUCCUCUAUGUGACAUCCUUUUAUAUAUUUGAACAUGGCUAUCAUAUCACCGCUUAACCUCCUCUUCUCCAGGCUAAACAUGCCCAGCUCCCUUAGCCGUAUCCCUUUAAGUACUCUGUAUCUUAAUGUAUCCCUUUAAGUACUCUGCAGGAUAUUAUAGAUAAGCAGUUUGCCAAGUGAUAAGUAGAGUUCGUGAUCUGCUUCUUACCUGGAUUUCUGAUUAUGCCAGGGUGUUUGGAAAACUGCUUAUUUUGCUUGGCAGAAUGUUACACAGUUGAUUUACGUUGUAGUUGCAUGUACUGCCAUGGCAAGUUCUUACCACUGUAUGAACCAAAUGGGUACUUAUCAGUAUAGUUUUUAGUUCACUGACUUAGUAGUAGCUUUGAUAGUGAUGGGUUCUUGUAUUUCAUCCUGUACUACUGUACUAGGUGAAUCUGGUAUAGAGUAGGUCUCCUGUAAACUGUGUUUUGCAGCACCUUUUUUUGGGGGGGUGCAUUCUAAGUACUCCUCCCCAAUCAUUUAUAACUCUUUAAUUGAGGCUCCAAACCAGGCCAGGGAAUACAGUUCUGCUUCUCAGUAUGUCCCAGUAAAUCUUCACAUCCAUCUUGGUAACAUGAGGGAACCUAACCUGAAGAACACAAUCCAGAUUAUUCCCUCCUUCUCCCCACCCCCCACCCCAGAGUAUAGUAACUCUGUAUGGCACCAUUUAGUUGUUUUUGUAACAAGAAAAUUAGGCCUUGAGUCAACAUUUGAUCUAAUACAGCUACAUAGCUGCAUCCCAGUUCUCCUCUUAGUGUGUUCAAGUGGAUUUUUAUUGAAGGGUUUGGUAAGCAUAGUUCUAACAGAGUUAGCAAAAUAUGUUAUUUGAGAAUGUAUUGAUAUGAGUGCUGAACUAUUGUGUAUUCUUCAGUUCUAAUCCAUUAUUCUCUUUACAGGUGUAAUUCCUCACAUCCACAAGUCUCUGAUUGGAAAGAAGGGGCAGCAGAAAACUGCAUAGAGAGGAGUUUUAAACAGCCCUCUUCCUCCCUGUCAUUGUACUGUAACUGGGACAGAAGAAAUAUGGGGAUAUGUGGAAUUUUUUUAAAAAAAUAGUUAAAUGGAAGAGCAUAGACAAUUGACUGUAGACUUAAAACAUUUGUAUGUUCUUUAGAUUCAAAGUUUGACACAAAAGUACCUUGUUACGUGGCAGCAAUUUGUGUGUUGAUUGGCUAGGUUUCUCCCAUGUGUUUUAUACAAAAAUGGAACUGAUAAAACCAUUUUUUACAAAACUUGUUCUUGUGUAUCAUUCUGGGGUAAAAGGGUCAUUGCAGCAAAAAGAUCAGUGCCCUAAUAUCCUAUUAGAGAUUUUAAAAUAAAAUCUUUCCAAAUUAUAGACUUUAAUGGUGGCCGUGUUCAUAGUUAACUUCUGUGUUCUCUAGCUGAUUGAUUGUUGUUGAUCUAAUACAGCUACCACAAUUAUCUAAGUCCGGCAUUUAAUUUAAACUUAGUUUAUAUACAGAGUUUAUAUACAGAGUUUAAUGCAACUGAGGCUGCUCAAGCUCUCCCCCCGGCCCCAGGAUAGAAGUACUGUCUGAACAUGUGAACGGUGUGAUAAUGGGAAAGGUGUGGUGAUGUGUAUAGUAGGAAGAAGCCAAAAUGCAUCUUUUCUGCUCUCAGCUGGUGAUCUGCCCAUGGGUUAGUUGCCUUGCGCUGAAUUAUGCUGUGUCCUUGAGCUAGCACAAUCACUUGCUUCAGUGUCAAUGCCUUGUUGUGCUAUAAUGUACAAAAUCUUCUGUAACACGGUGCUAAACCAGCAGCGCUGCCAUGCUUUUAUUAGCAACCUUGUCAGUGUGUGAUUUGAGCCCUUUGUGUAGUAGUUCUUGGGCUGGCUGUGCAUAAGAGUAAGGUUGGAGAACUAAUAAACUACUGUAAUGUUUU